AUCCAAACGCCUUCUCUAAUCCUAAAUGUUUACGGCUGCCUCGAAGGUACGAUUGAGCAGCACCACUCAGCUAGCGCGGAGCAGCGUUCCCCGCCUGGCCGGUGCCCGUCACUGGGCGCGCUCCGGGCACAGAGCGGCUCCUAAAGCACCGACAGACAGCGGGACCCGAGGAAGCACGGGCAGAGCCGGUCCCCCCGGAGGCAGACGGGGGGCGCAGCCCGGCGGGGUCCGGUCCCGGCCGCGCUCGCACGGCCGGCAGCCCCCGCAGCUGCACGGGGCUCCCGCCGGCAGCCGGGUCACGUGUGCGGGCCGUAAUCCCGGCGAGGGGGUGUCGUUACCGGGGAAGGGGGCGGCGGGAGGAGGGGCUGCCGCCGAUGAGGGCUGAAGCCGGGAGCGCGGCCGGCUGCGGGCGCCGGAGCCGCGGGUGCCGCUGCGGGCGAGGUGGGGGCCGCGGCCAUGGCCUGGCCCUGCAUCAGCCGGGUGUGCUGCUUGGCCCGCUUCUGGAGCCAGCUGGACAAGUCCGACCUCUCCGUGCCGCUCACCAUCCACAACUACUCGGACAUCGAGGAGCAGGAGGACGGGCCGGCCCAGCGCGGCGGGCCCCCUCCGCGGGGCAGCGCUCGCCCGCCCGCCCCGGCGCGCCGCCCGCGGGACCCCGCCGCCGGCAAGCCGAGCGGCCGCAGGAAGAGCCGGGCGGCCGCCGCCGAGGAGCCCUUCGCGGCCGAGACCCAGUACCGGCGGGACUUCAGAGCGUGGCCCCUCCCGAGGAGAGACGACUUCCCCUGGGUCAGCGCCAGUAGCGGCGGCGGCGGCGGCGGGAGGGACGGGGCCGCCCCCCAGCCCGCCCCGGGACGCGCCGCCUGCGCCCUGCCCGGCGGCGGCGGGAGACCGGCGGUCGACGGCCUCGAGCAGCUCCGGCCGCGCUCGCAGGCGGACGGCGGCCACACCACCUCCUACAGACAAGAGUAUCGCCCAUGGACUGGAGCAAAACCAUCCAAGCCUAUAAAGUCAAAACAAGGUUUCAUUAUCCCAGAAGACCAUUUUGUUCAAGAGACAAGCUACAAGGCAGACUUUAAGAUCCCGGAGGUGAAGACCAGGUUCUCCCCCAACCCUUCUGCUGUUUUCCAGGCGCCAUCACGGAUCCUCAACGUGUGAACCUGGACCCUCCUCACACCCAGGCAGCUUAAACGUGGAGUUUCUGUUAAGAUGUAUCACUAUGCAAUUUUCAUGAGGAGUGUUAAGAUCAAAGACCCGGUGUUAUCAAAAGCAGCUCCAGUGAUUAAUGAUAUGCACACACACUUUCUGUUAACACGACAAACCGCAAAGCGCUUGGUUCAGAACUGGCAGAGCACGCUGCAAGGAGUGACCCAGUUUUUCACAGGAGCAGGUUCAUUACUAUGCCAGCUGGCGUCACAUUAGGAGAUUGACUUUGGGCAGCAAAGGCAGGAUUGCAGGCAACAUCCCUCCUCAGAAAUACACAGGGUAGGAGGGAAAACACUCGCAAGUAGGAUGGAUAAUUAAAACCCAAACCAGUUUUAUUUAGCAACACCCUCUAAGUAGGCCACUGAAAGACAGGGAGUAGUCUGGCUGACUUCUGAGCUUCUUGGGGGGUUUUGGGAGUAGGACCUCAGAUGGCAUCGCCAGAAAGCACAGCAUCAAAGGGGCUGGUCUGAACUUCCAAAGUUGUUUUAGAAGCUGGAGGAAGCCAGUGUCACUGAACUCUAAAAUAAAUCUGGCACAUGCAGUGUCUUGGGCCUUUAAGGCUGGCAAGCUGGAUAUUUCCAAAAUUGGAGAGCUGAUGCAGGAGCAAGGGAGGACUGAACUCCAGGAGAUAGCCCUGACAGCAGUGCACCAGACUGGUGGGGAGAGGAGUGCAUGGAUACAUCCAGGCACCCACCAGACUCCUCCAGAGGAUCUAAGAUACUUAUGUAACUUGUAUAGCUGUUAGGGUGACUGUAAAUAUUGUACAUGGAUUUUACCUAAAGCAAUUUGUGAUCCUUUAAUCAAAAGGAUAUGCUUAUACUUUUAAUAAAUGUUAACUCUUUGCAUAUGCAAGGUGGAAAAUAUUGCCUUGAAAUUCCUAAAUUAUCGCCUGUACAUUGGUAAUGCUAAUGCUAGGAACAACCACAAGCGAAUGUUACUUAGAUAUUCUUCUUAAAGAGAAAUGUAAUGUAGAAUGUAAGCCAUCUGUCAUUUUUAAGAUAGGCUGUUUCAAGUGUCAUUGUUCUGAAGCUGAUUUUUUUAGACUGCUGUGCAUUUAACUUUUGCUGAGGUACAUGUGUUUCAAGAAACCAUUUUUUUAGCCUUUGUUCAUAGAGACUUUACAAUUUCUAUUUCGAUAACAUGCAAUGAUUAGUCUACUGCUUAUUUAAUGGAUUUACUAAUUAUUUUGGACAAAUAAAUUGAAAAACUUUUAAUUUGCGUUUGCAACACAUGUGUUGUCCAGAACAAGGGAAACUAUCCUCAGACUUGAACAGUGAUCAGAUAUUCAUUAAUCUGUAAUAAAACAGACUUUUACACAGGAGGAUUUUUUCUUAACCUUCUUACUAGCUGAAGUCUAAGACAAAUUUAAUGAACUUUGGGGAUUCUGCUAAAACGUAUGCAUUGCUGAUAAUUCCCAUAAGAACAAUUUUUGAGCUGUUGGCAUGUGAAUUGUACUUGCAGUACAUGCAGACAGCAUCUUCUCACAGUAUUAUGUGAGAAUUUAAUGGUGCCAUCCCUGUUCUCUAUAGUGGGACCGAAUACAAAGCACCUGCAGGAAGCUGCAUUUGGCUGGGACAAGGGAUGGCUCUUCCCACACUCAUCCUUGGAGAAACCUGCAGAAAUCCCAGUGCUUGCCAAAAUAAUUUUUCAGGAAAUUCAUUUGAAGCAUUCAAACUGUGCUAAAAGAAGUUUUGCAUGUUAGAUGUUUCUAAGAAUUCAAUCUGCUUGUUUAAUCUCUUUAUAAUGUUUUUAAUAGUUUUGUUCAAACAAUUUAUGUUCAUUUCAAUCCUGGACUUUAUUAACAGCAAGGGAAAAAAAAGUAAAAAAGGAAAUUGUCUGUUAUCUCUUCUUAUUUGACUGUAUUUCUUAAAAAAAUGACCCAGGUUUAAACAAAUUGGUAAUAUAAUAAGCUUGUAUUUUAUCAAAUGGACUGGAUUUAAUUUAAUAAAUUAAAAUGUAUUUUGGC